CGGCCGCCUGCCCGGGCGCCUUCGGGGAAAUUUUUCCUAUAAAUUGCCCGAUUUUUCCUCAACUCAAACACACCUCUUCCAACCCUAAAUCAGUUCAAAACACCUUCUUUCUUCCUCCAUUUUCGAGCUCCAAAGGGUUUAGAGAGAGAGAAACUUCAAAUCUUCAUAUCUUCUUCAUUUUAGCUCCAAUUUAUGUCUGGAGGAAGACGUGACGAUCCCAUUUUCGAGGAGCCACCACUAGGACGGGAAGACCCGCCGCCACAGCCUGAUAUCCCCUUUGCUACUAUUGCUGAUCGCAGACGCUUCCAGGCAUGGGGGCAAUAUCGCACACUCCUUCCUCCCAUGAUCCUGGACCCGACGAUGCUAGAGGAAUGGGGGGUACUGGGAUGACAUUGAUGCCCUGCUAGGAGACUCUUUAUGGCGGAGGAUUCUAUUCGUUCAGGAGAGGGCCAGCCUUCCAUUGACGAUGGAGUUUCUGUGCUCCGUUCAGUUCACUCAUUACGGACAGGCUGUGCAGGAGGGUGCUGUUAUUGGGUCAGAGUCUCGGAUGAGGUUUACUAUUCUAGGCAUGGAGCACUCCAUCACUGUGGCUGAGCUCGGAUGGAGGAUGGGGCUCUAUACCCCAGCAUACACACAGACUGAGGAGUUCCGUGCUCUUCCGACCCGCUUACCCGAGGCAUUUGACAUUGAUGAGUUUUGGCACAGACACUCCACAGACACCAGAUCAUUUCUCCGGAUGCACCCCCAUUCGAACAAAUGGAGGGCGACUCACUGGUACAUACUCUCGUUCGUACUUUCUUGUGGUUUUUUUGGACGACCUAACAACACAAACAGGUUGUCCAAAAAGGACAUACUAUUCUUUUGGAGUUUGAUUCACCGCAUCCCGGUGAAUAUGGCUGUCCUUAUGGCUCGUUUCUUCCGGAGCCAGGGGAAGACUGUGCGGCGCACUAUCCAGGCAGGGCCUUUCAUCACUACUCUCGUUAGAUCAUUCUACCCAGAUCUAGACAUUCCAGGACUAGUGCACUUACAGGAUAGCAUCCGCGUUCUUCGAUCCUCAUCCUUUACCAACAUGAGGAUCAAGAAGAAGCGGAACACUCAGGAGCUCCCAGGUAUUGAGCAGCCGACCCAGCAGAGUAGUUCUUCUCGACCCUCAGGACAUGAGGGAUCUAGCGAGCCCUUUUCAUACAUGCCUAGCGCCACAGAUUGGAGAGCGAUGAUGGAUGGGAUGCGGAGUCUCCAGACUUCAGUUUCAGAGAUGCGGGUUGUACAGGACAGAGGACUCCAGGAGAUGCGAGAGGCGCAUGAGACGGCCCUGGGAGAGUUCAGAGACUUUCGAUUAGCUCAGGAGAGAGCCACCCAGGAUAUGCAGGCGGAGCUAGAGACCCAGAGGCUAGAUAUUGAUGAGAUGAGAGAUUGGCUUAGGCCACACUAUGGCCCCCAGGAUGGCGCAGGCGAUGUUUAGAUUUGCUUCUUCCUUAACAUUUUUAUCAUGUUUGUUUGUUCUUCAGGUUGGACAUUGCGCUGCUCUUUUGACUUGAAUGCUCUUACAAACUGACUAUGGAUGAUGUAAGGAUUUUUAAAACCAUUUUUUCUCCUGUUUCAUUAUUCCUCUUCACAAAAUCUUUUCAAAACUCAAGUGUGAGGAAAGAACCAAAAAAAAAAUGUGUGCCUUUAUUUCCCAAUUUUGUGCCUCAAAAGAAGACCUCGAGGGCGAGGUCCAGCUCAAGUGUGAGGAGGUUGCGUUUUACACUCAAAAGUCAAAGCCUUGUUUUAGAACAAUCUUUUUACUAUUUUUGAUAUGAAACAUUAAUUUCUCAAUUUGUUAUCAAAUCACAAAAUAGUUUAGAAAAUCACCCUUAUUAUAAGAAUUUACUAUUAUUAUUAUUUUUGAAAACUUAAAAUUGUUAUGGGUUUUUGGUUGCGAAUGUAAAGGUCUGAAUUUGUUUUAAUUGGACAUUCAUUUUAUUCAUUAAAAAAAAUGUUACUAUUAAUAAACCUCUUCAAAACUCAUUGUUAUAGGACAAUUCCAUCUCCGAAAAGGGGCUCUGUUUCAUUCGUUAAUCACAGUCUGUGAGAAUGAAAUAUGCAUUUACCAUGGGAUAACACCGCCAACAAGAGUGAAAAAGAGCAAAAAAAAAAAAAAAAAAAAAAAUGGUGAACAAGAUGAAUGUCCAAAUUAGAAUAAUGAAAACCUUGGGAUAAGGAAUUGAUUGGUGGUUUAACAUAAUAAAUAGUUUUUCUUAAGUAAUACUAAUUUUAAACUCUUGUAUUUUGGGUGAUUUUUCUAAAAUGUUUAAAGAUUGAGAAUAAAAAGAAGAGGUUUUUGUUUCUACUUCUUUAAAAUAGCAAUUAGAUUGUAAUACAGUUAGACUUUACCUUUUGAGUGUGUUUACAACUAAUUCGUCGCUUGAGGACAAGCAACGCUUAAGUGUGAGGAGAUUGAUAAGUCCAUUUUUGUACUUAUUUUUCUUAUCAAAUUUAAGCGAUUUUUGAAUAAAAAUAGAAAGAAAAGGCAUGUUUUAGAUAUUUUGGUUCAAGUUUCAUGAAAUCAGGUGAAAAUCACAUUCAUAAUAUGUUUGCCGGGAUUUCGGGUCAAUUGAGCACAAAAGGAGUCAAUCUGAGUAACAAAUGAAGUCAUACCGGAAGAAGUAAGCAUUUUAUCAAGGUGAUCCAGAAGGCAAUCUUGGAGAGCAAGAAACGCGGGAUUUAUCAGACGAAUUUGGCGGCAGGCGCCCAAAUAGGCGCCCAAUAUGGCCGCCUGGCUGGCCGCCUACGGUAUAUCAAAGUCAACGCUCCAGUUUGACCCGAACCUAUAGAAGACAGAAAGCGGCCGACGGAGGAAGGAAGGCGGCCGCCCUUCGUGGCCGCCUGCGGCACAACGGGACAAGGCCAACCACCGGCCGGUGCGACUUGACGGCAGGCGGCCAGACAGGAACGGCAGGCGGCCGCCGUCUGGACCGCCUGCGGCUGACGUUGACGGGCUCACGUCGACCUGCCGGUGAAGACAACGGAAGGCGGCCAAUUUUGGUGGAAGGCGGCCGCCUUCUAUGGCCGCCUACGGCUGACGGAGACCAG